CGCGCGUUCUACGUUUAACCUAAAACAAUCGUUUUUUCUACACAUACUUUUAUUAUUUGCUAAUUGGCCAUGACGCUCUUCUAUUUUUAUUUCUCACGAAUAGUGUACGCAUAUCCCGUAUUUCUGUUACGCGAUUAUACAAAAGUUUCGCGUAAAUAUCAAGAAAUAAGGCUCCCCAAUAAUAAUCAACGUUUUUUCUGAAUCCGUCAAUUCUUACAAUUGUGUUAUUAAUUCCUUUCAUGAAGUUGUGACAACAAAGGAUACUCGAGUAUCGAAUAAUUUUACCGCGUUCAUCUCCGUAUUGCGCAGCCAAAUACAGAUGCAUUUGAAAAUUACUGCGUAUUUUAUAAAAUUUUGCAAAUAUCCAGAAAAUUGCUACUAACAAGUAAAUGGUGAAACCUUAAUAAAAAAAAUGAAACGUCCAUGAAAAAUAAAUGGAAGCAUGUAUAUGAAUUUGAAAUAAUAGCGCAGAUCUUUGGACAAAACAAUCGAAAGCUAAAAAAUGAUGACUUCCUUAGAGAAUAAUAUAUUUGCAGCGUCAUCUCUGAACCUAUUGAAAUUUCUGUGUUGAUAUACAAAAAAAAAUGUUUCUUUCCAAAAUGAAUCAAGAAAGUACAUAACGAAAUGAGUCAUAAAUUCAUUCAAUGUUACAAGAGGGAAAAUCUCUUAUUCCUGCAUGGCUUUCCGCACUCUUCGUUGUAUCGCGUCGUCCUGUAAAAACACUCGAGAGUGUUGCUCGCAAACGUCCUGACCCGAGCGGUUGCGAGAUCUUUGAGUAUUAGGGUCUCACCCUAAGUGGAGUUUCGAUCGAACCGAAUAAGCGGAUAGUUGAAAACCACGAGGGGCCACUGGAUUUUCGAAACUUUCGCCGGUUUCAUAAUGAACGAAAUGGAUGAGGCGACUUGUGCGUUGCUUGAGAGAUUAAACUGUCAACCAAAUAUCGUUCAUAUGGAAAUUCCGUACAUACCUAUUCCUAUAAAGGAUAUCGAUGCGUACACAAAAUUGGCUGAUUAUGCUUCGGAUCGUAUAAAAAUGAUUGAGACAAUUGGAAUCUUGGAACCGGUUGACACGAAUGUAGCAUUUUUAGUCUCAACGACGGACGAUCCGAAAUGUUCGCUCCAAUUGGAAAUUGGACAUUUGCGCAGAGAUUACGCUUUUCCGCUCGACGAGGAGGAGGGUGCUGCUGCCUGUGGUGGUUUACGACACGAGUACAGUACCGUCAGAGUAUUCGGUACACUAAAAAGUAUUAACAAAGUAAACGUAUUAGUCGUUGAUGAAAUCCUACCGGUUCAAAAUUUCGUUAAAUGUGAAAAAACUUUGGCCAUCGUGGCCAAAUUGGCUCGAACAAAGUACUCGAUGUACAAUUACGAAAUCGAAAAGAAUGAACAGUUGCGAGAAUACCUCCGGAGAGUUGCCGAAAAUUACGAACAAACAGAGUGACAGCGACGGUGAAUAAUGUUGCAUGUGCCAUAAGAAAUAAGUGAUCCCGGUCAAUGAGUCGCAAUAAGCUGUCCAAAGUACAAAGAAGAUGGCAGAAGUUGUGAAAACUGCACAUUUAAAAAGAAAUUUAUUAAUCUUACGAGAACUGUAUUCUCGUAUUUUUAAACUUAUCCAAAUUUCUGUCGCACGGGAGAUGAUUUCUUCCAAACCAAUUGAAUCUGAGAUGAAAAAAUUGGAGAAGCUCCUACCGUGUGUCACAUAUAAUAUGAAAAAAUUUGGAAACCGUAGAUACUCGCUGAUGAACAACUUUUUUAUAGAUCUGGCUCUGCCUCUCUCUCAUAAAACGCACCUGCUAAU